AACUGUGGUCACCUGAUUCUGAUUAAGAUUAACCUCCAAAGCUUGAAGAUCAGCAACACCAUCGGGAAUAGAUUUAAUCUUAUUAUGUGAUAAAUCAACAACUUCCAAAUUUUUUAAUUUAACCAAUGCCAUUGGAAAAGAGAAUCCAAACUGAUUAAUGGAUAAACAAGAUUCCCGAUUUGUUUAAUUUAAUUGCUGAUAAGUUAAUCAUUUCAAACGGAAACCCACCAGAAAAUAAUAAUCACCCGUUGAUAAUAAUAACCUGAUAAACAAUAAGUUAAUUGUUAUUAUUAAUUAUCAUCAAAGAGCAACAUUAUAAUCAUCAUAAUGUUGAAACUUAAUUUUUAUUUUUAACCUGAAAACCUUAAAUCUAAUCAACAAUUAGAAACUUAAAAUUGAUACAAAUAAUUAACCAAUUAUUUAAUUGUGAUUAACAAUUUCCUCUCCCAUCCCAGAUCAAUGAUCAACUACAAUUAAACUUAAUUGUACUCGAAAAAAAAGUGACAAUUCAUCAUAAGAAAUUAAUCUCAUCACAAAAAAAAAGUUAAUCCGAUUACAAGAUUAAUUAUCAUCCAAUUGGUUCAAUUUCUCGAUUGUUAUUGUCACAAUUAAACAAAAAGGAUUAAAACAAUUGAUUUCAUUUCGUGAGUAACAAUUAAAUGACCAACGAUCCAUGAAAAAUAUCAACAUGUCUUCCAUCAGAAUGCUAAUGAUGAUAAAAGAAAAACCCUCUACCCACCUUAUAUUAACUUCUCUUUCUUUUCUUUGCUUAUCUUCAUCUUCUUCUCUCUCUCUCUCCUUUCUUCCUCUUCCACUCUUCUCUUACAAUAACAUGGCGUAAGGUUUGGUAGUUGUGCUUCCAAUUAGGUCCCAACCCUUAACGUAAAUCACAAUUGACUAUCAUCAUAAUCAUCGUUAUAUUUUCAUCAUUUUCCACUUUCAUGUUAAUCAUCAUCCUCAUCUUCAUCUAUUUAUGAUCUCUCACUAUUUUGGCGAACAAGUUGUCCCAAUCAAAUUCAACCCUGAAAAGUGUCAACUGAUUUUCUUUAUCAACUUUGACCUGGAAUAAAAGGGAAAAAAAAACAUACGAACAGUAUCUUCAUUGUACAAGAAAACUAUCGAUGGAAUAACCAUGAAAAACUGACCUAGAAAGAAAAAGAAAAAGACACAACAAUCAACAUCAUCAUCAUUUCAAGGGAAGUCUCCGGAAGAUCUGAAUCGUUUGACAAGAAAUGACUUCAAUAAGUGUAAACAGUGAUGUCAAUCAUAACCACCAUCAUCAUAAUCACCACCAUAAACCACCACCACCACCUCCACAACAACAACAACAGCAAAUGAGGCAACUUGAACCACCAUUGAAUCAACUUAAUCACCAUCCAAAUAUCUUGUGUUUCCAACAUUGUGACACAAAAUGUAAAAUCUUUUCCUUCCAAUUACCUGACCGAUGUCCACUCUGUUCAAUACGAUUAACACCAAGUGUCCAGUUAAUUUUACCUCCAUUUCAAGUUCCAGUUCCAUUAACUAAUCAUAAACGAAUCACAACCUCAAUCAUUAUUCGUCCCACCGAAGGAGAUUUUCUUCAUAAUUAUCAGAAUUCUGCUGAUCUUCACAUUGGAUUAACUGAUUCUAAAGGUGAUGUCUAUGAAUUUGACCGAAAAGGUGUUCAUGUUGGUUCACAGAAUCGCUUUUGGACAGAUUGUUUGGCCAUUCCGGUAAUCGAACCAAUCUCACAAUCAUGGAAAGACUAUUGGGAUUCAACGUUAAAAGUAUUGGUACAAAUGCCCAUUUGGACAGCCGAUAGUUACACUCAAGAUGAUAAUAAUUGUUACACUUUUGUGUUGACAUUUUUACGUCUUCUCAAGAUAAAACAAUUAAGACCUUCAUUAGCCAAUAAGACACAAUUUUGUAAAGACUUUAUCAUCCCUCGAACCAGAGUGGCCGCUAAAUACAUUGCCUUGUAUCGACAAAUCCGCCGUGAUUCAAUUGCUGUGGUUCGAACCCAACAAUCAAAUUAAAUUACGACAUUUUUGUUAAUCCUUUGAACGGAUACACAAGAAAACUCUGUUCAUUUCUUUUUCGUAUCUUAAUAUACAAAAUAAUUACUUUAAAUAUGGAUUAACUUGAAUAAUAAUAAAUUUUUUUGGCAACAAUUUAAUUUUAUCUUCUAAA